AUGAAAUUUUUCCCACAACCAUUUAAAGCAGACAACACUCCAUCUCGAGGCCUGCCACGCAACACAACACGCCCACCGAUGGACACUACAACGGAAACUAGCAACAUUAUCAGCAACGGCGGUAUGCAGGAACCCCAAACGACAGUGAAAAAGCCUCGUCCACGUUCCCGUGCCAAUAAAGAUGGAGAUGCCCCAAGACCUCACGUGUGUCCCAUCUGUCAGAGGGCUUUCCAUAGAUUGGAGCAUCAAACGAGACAUAUGAGGACACACACGGGGGAGAAACCACAUGAGUGUGACUUCCCUGGAUGUGUGAAGAAAUUCAGUAGAAGUGACGAACUAACAAGACAUAAGAGGAUUCAUACGAACCCGCAACCAAGAGGUAAGAGAGGUAGAAAGAAGAAAGUGGUCACAGACCAAACUGGUGGGAACGCCACUGGUGCUAAAUUUGAACUGGGUGAAUCCACUACUACUUCUAUCUCGGUUCCUCAACAAUUACAGCCACAAGCGCAACUGCAAGCGCAACCACCACUACAACAAAGACCGGCAUUGACAUCGUUUGGUUCCAAUAGUAAUAAUAGUAGUAGAUUGAGACUGAAUGCCUUAUCCUCUUUACAAAUGAUGACCCCCAUGAGUAAGAGUAUUAUUUCACCGGUGCCGAUAUCGUCGUCAUCAUUUAUAGAUACACCUGAACUUUCCUCACUUAAUAAUAAUAAUAAUAAUAACAUCCAUCAAGGUUAUAAUUCCAACAUACGAAGUGGUGGUAUCCAACUACCAAGACCUAAAUCACUAACAGAUUUCGCCAAGAUGCAUAAUGGUAAUUAUCGUGUUCCCGGGGAAUCCAUGAUGCCAUUUAAACGUCCCAACUCUGUAUUAACAUUACAAGCCUUGAUGUCUAAUAGUAAUGAUGAUGAUUCUGAUGAAGAUGAUGGGGGAGAACAUCUAAAGAACCCAAACGAUUCAUAUUUGUCCAAUGAUGACGAGGACGACAUUCAAAUCCAGGCAAGAAAGAGAUCCAAGACAGCUACACCUAUUGCCUCUCUAAGUAGGUCUACGAGUGGUACCAAUCUACAUCAAAGUGGUGGCGCAUUCAUUCCUCAUAAUACUUCCAACUUGUCACUUUCCAGUCAUUUUUCAGAUCAGCUAAAUCAUAAACUGUUGGCCGUUCAACAACAACAACAGCAACAACAACAACUACAUCAAACACCUCAACAGGCAUUCUCAUCAUCUGAGGCAUCGACACCUUUGUUAAUGUCUCCCACGGCAGCUGCCGCUGCGCCCUUCGUAAGAUUACCCAACAAGGAAACAGAUAAAGAUGGUAAGACACUGCCUCCGAUCAGGAGUUUGCAGCUGGAGUUCCCCACCGGUUAG